AUGAAAUCAGUCAAAGAUCUUGUCAAAUGCCACAGUUCAAUAAUACUUCUCCGUCGAUCAUUUUCUGUUACAUCAAGAGCUCUUGCUGAAAAAACUAUUACUAUUCGUGAGGCCAUAACUCAAGCAAUGGACGAAGAAAUUACACGAGAUGAUCGAGUUUUUUUAAUGGGUGAAGAAGUAGCACAAUAUGACGGUGCAUAUAAAAUGUCAAAAGGUCUUUGGAAAAAACAUGGUGAUAAACGUAUUGUUGAUACACCAAUUACUGAAAUGGGUUUUGCUGGAAUAGCAACUGGUGCUGCUAUGGCCGGUCUUCGCCCAAUAUGUGAAUUCAUGACAUUUAACUUUUCAAUGCAAGCUAUUGAUCAUGUCAUCAAUUCAGCUGCUAAAGCAUAUUAUAUGUCAGCCGGAAAAGUUAAAGUACCAAUUGUUUUUCGUGGACCAAAUGGAGCAGCUGCUGGUGUAGGUGCUCAACAUUCUCAAGAUUUUGCAACAUGGUACAGUCAAUGUCCUGGUCUUAAAGUAAUUUCUCCUUAUUCAGCUGAAGAUUGUCGUGGUUUACUUAAAGCUGCUAUUCGUGAUGAUGAUCCUGUUGUCUUUUUGGAAAAUGAACUAGUUUAUGGUCAACAAUUUCCUAUCUCCGAUGAAGCAUUAUCUGCUGAUUUUGUUUUGCCUAUUGGUAAAGGUAAAAUUGAACGUGAAGGCAAACAUAUUACCCUUGCUUCUCAUUCAAUUGGUGUUAAACUAUGUUUGGAAGCUGCAAAAGAACUUGAACAAAGUGGAAUUGAUUGCGAAGUUGUUAAUCUACGAACAUUAAGACCACUUGAUGAAGACAUUGUUAAAACAUCUGUAAAAAAAACUCAUCAUCUUGUUACCGUUGAAUUCGGUUGGCCACAAUGUGGUGUUGGUUCGGAAAUUAUUGCAAGAAUAUGCGAAAGCGAUGCUUUCGAUUAUCUUGAUGCUCCACCAAUACGUGUCACUGGUGCUGAUGUUCCAUUAGCAUAUGCUAAAACAUUAGAACAAAACUCCAUGCCACAAGUUGCCAACGUCAUUAAAUCAAUUAAAAAAGUUUUAAACAAAUAG